AUGAUCCCCUUCGGUAUGCGAUCCGGCCGAGUGUCCCACGUUUGCGUGACGACAAUCAGACAUCAAAUCUGCCCUGGCGCCGCCAUUCCAGCGCAUCGUCAGUUCACGUUGAGGUGA